AUGGCUCAAAGAACAGAAAAUGAAGAAACUGAAUUCAAAGUACCUGAAACGAUAUCUCUUUGCAUCAACAACUGCGGCGUAAUCGGUAAUCCGUCAACGAACAAUAUGUGUCAAAAUUGCUUCACCGCCUCAACCGCUACCACUUCUUCCACCGUCGGGAUCGGAAUAACCGGAACCGGAAUCGCACCUCAAUCUUCCAGAUCUGUUCGAUCUCCGAAGAGAUCUUUACCGGAGGAAUCAUCAUCGGUUAUUACAGAUCGGAGUUCGUCAGAUCAACCGAUUGUUUCCGAGGCGAAGCGUGUGGUUAGCCGAUGCUCCGGUUGCCGGAGGAAGGUAGGGUUGACCGGAUUCCGAUGUAGAUGCGGUGAUCUCUUCUGCUCCGAACAUCGUUACUCCGAUCGGCAUGAUUGUAGCUAUGAUUAUAAAGGUGCUGGAAGAGAAGCUAUUGCGAGGGAGAAUCCUGUUAUCAGAGCAGCGAAAAUCGUUAAGGUUUGA